AUGCCUGACCUCAAAGAGCAGUUCACUUUAUUAGCUGAUGAUUCCAACAUUGAAAAGCCACUUCUCGAUGAUAGGAAAUAUCGUUACUUGAAGCUUAAAAACGAUAUCAGAGUGUUGGUCAUCAGUGAUCCACACGCAGACAAGUCAGCAGCGUCGUUAGAUGUCAAUGUUGGGUCGUUUGCAGACAAGGCGUAUAAUGUCCCCGGUUUGGCUCAUUUUUGCGAACACUUGUUAUUCAUGGGCACAUCAAAGUACCCACUGGAAAACGAGUACUCCGACUAUUUGGCCAAACACUCGGGGCAUUCCAACGCCUACACUGCAGCAGAACAUACCAACUACUACUUCCAGGUUGGAUCAAAUCACUUGGAGGGAGCGUUGGAUAGGUUUGCCCAGUUUUUCAUUUCACCAUUGUUUAGCAAAAGUUGCAAAGAUCGUGAGAUAAACGCUGUUGAUUCUGAAAAUAAAAAAAAUCUUCAAAAUGACUUGUGGCGGUUGUACCAAUUGGACAAGCUGUUGAGUAAUGCCCGUCACCCAUACAAUGGAUUCUCAACUGGCAACUUUGUCACUUUGCAUACUGUACCCGAGCUGGAAGGAGUCAAUGUGCGUGAUGUCUUGAUGAAAUUCCACAGUGACAGAUAUUCUUCCAACUUGAUGUCUUUGGUAAUCCUAGGAAAAGAGAGUUUGGAUGAGUUAUCGACCUGGGCCAUUGAAAAGUUUUCUGAAGUGACAGAUAAAGGUUUGGCGAGACCUAGCUAUGAUGGCGAGUUGAUUUACGAAAAAGACCAGAUGCUCAAGCUCAUCAAAGCAAAACCAGUCAAGGAUAUGCACCAAAUGGAUAUAACUUUUAUGAUACCUGACGAUUUGGAGAGCAAAUGGGAUUGCAAACCACAAAGUUAUUUUUCACACUUGUUGGGUCACGAAAGUGAAGGCUCCAUUUUGUUUUACCUCAAGAGUAAAGGCUGGGUUACCGAAUUGUCUUCUGGGAAUAUGAAAGUCUGCCAGGGUAGCUCUUCGUACAUUGUUGAGUUUCAAUUGACUCCCGAGGGGUUGAGGAACUGGCAAGAUAUUGUCAAGACUACGUUUGAUUACUUAAACCUUAUUAAAGAGCAAGGACCGCAAAAGUGGAUAUGGGAGGAGAUCAAGAGCAUGUCAGAGGUCAAUUUCAAGUUUAAGCAGAAAUCAGAUGCCGCGAAUACGGCUUCCAAAUUGAGCAGCUCUCUAUACAAGUUUGACGAGUACAUACCUGCUGACAGAUUAUUGAGCUCUUCUGUUGUAACUAGGUACGACCCUGAAGCUAUCGGCACAUUUGCGUCUUAUUUGAAUUGUGGAAACUUUCGCGUCACUUUGGUGUCCCCUGACUUUGAAGACCUUUCUCGGAAAGAAAAGUGGUAUGGCACAGAGUACGAGGUGCAAGAUAUCCCAAAGGACUUGCUCGAUCUGCUCAAAGCACCACCAACCACUCACAACCCCAAAUUGCAUUUCCCAGCACCGAACCCUUUUAUUCCCACCAACUUUGACAUACUUGGAAAGAAACUGGAGUCGCCACAAAUUUUCCCUUAUUUAGUAUCUCACGAUAACAAGAUGAACCUUUGGUACAAACAAGAUGAUCAGUUUCAGGUGCCAAAGGGGACAAUUGAAAUUGUGUUUCAUUUACCGGCCGCCAAUGUUGAUAUAGAAUCAGCAACAAAAUCUGUCGUGUUUGCCGAAAUGCUAGAUGAUCAUUUGAAUCAAGUUACUUAUUUUGCAUCGUUGGUUGGUUUGAGAGUUGGCAUCAAUUGUUGGCGAGAUGGGUUUGCUAUAUAUGUUAGUGGGUACAAUCACAAGCUCCCAGUUCUUUUAAACAAGGUUUUGGAUGAGUUUUUCAACUUUACGCCCAGUGCGGAUAGAUUUGCGCCAUUGAAGUUCAAGUUGUUGAAAGAGUUUAAGAAUGUUGGGUAUCAAGUCCCUUAUAAUCAAAUUGGCACGUAUCAUUUACAAGUUGUCAAUGAAAAAGUGUACGAUUAUGAUGACAAGAUCAAAGUGUUGGAGAACUUGCAGUUCAACGACGUGGAGAAGUUUAUCAAAAAUUCAAUUACCUCAGCCGGUGUGUUUGCAGAAGUGUUGGCUCAUGGUAACUUUGACAUCAACAAUGCCACCGAGAUUAGAUCAACUAUAUCGAGACACUUGGAUCUGAUCAGUCCAAUCAUGCAGGAAUAUGACGAAAACAAGUUUCAUUUGCAAAACUAUGUGUUUCAACCGGGUGAAGUCACACGCUUCGAAGUUGACCUAAAGGAUAAACACAAUAUCAACUCGUGUAUUGAGUACUACUUGCAAUUUAGCCCAACCAAUGACGACGUAAAAUUGAGGGUGCUUACCGAUUUAUUGGCAACAAUCAUUCGCGAACCUUGCUUCAAUCAAUUGCGAACAAAGGAGCAGUUGGGGUAUGUUGUGUUUUCAGGGUUGAGAAAGGGGAGAACCUCUAUUGGGUUUAGAAUCUUGGUGCAGUCAGAGAGGUCUAGUGAGUAUUUGGAGUACAGAAUUGACGAAUUCUUGACAAAGUUUGGCAAGUACGUGAACCAUGAGUUGACUGAUGAGAACUUUGACAAGUUCAAGCAAGCUUUGAUUGAUGCCAAAUUGCAAAAAAUCAAGCACUUGGGUGAGGAAACUAGCCGUUUAUGGAAUUCUAUUACAGAUGGGUAUUAUGAGUUUGAUGCAAGGCAAAAGCAUGCAUCAUUAUUGGAGAAAAUCACCAAAGAAGAGUUUAUCAGAUUUUUCAGUGAAUAUGUCACUGGAGUAGAAACCAACAACAACCAAAAAAGUGGCAAGUUUGUGUUGCACUUGAAAUCACAGGUAAAGAACACAGUGCCGCAUGCAAAACUAGUACAAAGUGCCUUAGCCAACUUUGGAUACCGUCAUGGGUACGAAGUUGGACAUGAGUUUGUUGAUGAUUUGGUCAAAAAAGCGGAUCUGACGUCCAUCGACUUGAUCGUUGAGGAAUAUAUUGGAGAAGUUGAACGUGUGACAAAGACAACUUUGAAUCAAGCACAAGUUGCGCAAGAGAUCAAAUCAGCUAUAGAACAUCCCGUACCAGAAGGAUACCCUUGUGGAACUUUGGUCACCUCGAUUGCAGAGUUCAGAAAAACCCACCAGUUGGGUGGAUAUCCUCGUCCAGUAUCGCCGUUGACCAAGUUCUAUUAUGAUCAAUCACAUUUAUAG